AUGGAUUCGUUUUGGUUCUAUGGUUUGCUGCUCGGUAUCUGUUUGUCCAUCUCCUUGAGUGAGGCUAAGAGUCGUCCGGUGAAAUUGUACCACUACGAUUAUAACCUCAUACAGGAAACGGAUCAAGCGUGGAAAUGUUGGAAGGAAGGUUACAGACCACCGCCGGCCACCUCGAACAAGAUCCACGAAUCAGGCAAUGGAACUGCGACUGAAAUUGAACGCAUAUUGGGCUUCAAUCAAACCAACACCGUCCUGUUCCUGUACAGUAGCAAUUCGGAUAAUUUCAACCUUCGCACUACAUUCACAAUCGAGCGAAAUCGUCUUGUUCGUCUAUCAUUGGACAAUGCUGGAUUAGAACGAUUGGAGCUAGCAUUCGUCGAUCAGGAAAAUGACUGCCGCUUGGCCGAGCUGUCAGUGCCCUGCAACAGACUGAAGGAUCUUUCCACCGGAAUGGAACGGUUUACUACCCUAAGAAAGCUAGAUUUUAGCUACAACCUGCUGGAAGAGUUUAAUUUGGAUCGAUUGGUCAAUGUGGCUGGUAGCUUGAAGCAGCUAUUGCUAAGCCACAAUAGAAUAGAGAGCUUUCGAUCAACAGUGGAGAUAAACUUUGCCUUCCUUCACACACUGGAUUUAUCGAACAAUCGGUUGAGGACGCUUGAUUCAACGUACUGGGCAAUGCCACUGCUGGAAACGUUCCAUGUCGAUAAUAAUCGCCACCUCGCAUCGAUUGAUGGUUGGAAACGGACUAGAUUUCCCCUGGUGAAAGGAUUCGAUCCAGCCGGUACGAAUAACUGGAACCAAACGUGGCUAAAGUCGGUUCAGUAG